CGAUUGUAAUUAAUCAUGCUUUCGCGAGUGAGUCAAUCGUAGAUAUAGAUUAUCUAUAUAUAGAGUCAGUGCCAAAAGCAAACAACAAAGAAUAAAAAAAGAAAGAGAGGAGGAGGAGGCUCGGGGAGGCAUCGGGUGACGGCGGAGCAACCCUUAAGAUAUGAUGUGUUGUGUACUACAACUCCGCUGUUGCGCAUCGUGCCGACGGACCACCCGAUAGGCACUUUCAGCCGUCCUAUUGAUUUUCCCGUGGAAGCGCACGCGCUACUCUGUCCCCGAUUGCGACAAGGGGGGUGCGGCUGUAAUCAUGGAUCCCAGUAUACUCGCCACCAUGGACAAGGACGCACUGAAGAAGCAGAUCGAGAACAUGAAGUACCAGGCGUCCAUGGAACGGUGGCCCUUGUCCAAAAGUAUCGCGGCAAUGCGGGAGUACGUGGAAGAGAAUGAGAAGAAUGACCCUCUGAUACACGCGCCCGACAAGAAGAACAAUCCCUGGGCCGAGAAAGGCAAGUGCAUAAUCAUGUAAUCGGGGCCAACAGCGGAGGAAGAGCAGCGGAAGAAGAAGGAAGCGUGUAUACAAACCGAGAAGAAGAGGAGCCGAUCGUUCAUCCGCGGCAAAGAGAAUCUCAAAGGCAAAGAUUACGAAAAGGAAAAGGGGGAGGUGGAGAAAGAAAUGCCGGUAGACAUCCGCUGUGGUUCGAUCGCGGAUUUAUACGACCGGCCGCCGAAAUAAGAACGUGAUUAUGAAUUUAUCUCGACCUCGUAGUCGAUUCGUUAAUCGAAAAUCGGACUUUGGCGAAUCGUUUACCGGACCGUUCCUUCGGGACUGCUUUUCCAUCGCGCGGCGUGCGGCUGUGACGCUAAUUCUCGAUUCGUGUCGUUCUACGAGGUGUAUUAUCUCUCCCUAAUCGUGCCAUAAUUCGUAACAUGAUUGCUGUUUGUAAAGAUAUUUUGAGGUAGUCUCGAAGUCUGUGCAUCAUCGAUCGGCACGUGGACGCAGAUGAAAAAAAGGAAAGGAAAACGAAGAAAACAAUCCGAUUACUCGAUCGUAUCGUUAUUCAAUUUUUCGAAAUGGUCGCGAUAAAAUUCGUGUCAAAUUUAAUCAGUCUUAUAUUCGCGUAAAGAAUCGAAGAAGAAUAAAGGCAAGAAAUGAAAAAAAAAAAAGAGAAAAGGAAAUCGAAAAAUUUAUAUAUACUUUCACCUGGUGGAAGCUGUCGUCUGGAUCGAUCGACAUCGAAUCAAUCGCCGCAUGCCACGUGACGUCGCGUUGCACAUCUCACUCGCCGAUGCACUUGCCGUGUAAAACUCUCCCCAUUCACUGACGAUCUAUCAUAAAUGCAAUUUUCUCUAAUGUUACAUAUACAUAUAUACUAUACAUGACGCAUACAGUUAUUAUUAUGAUAAUUAUAAUUACUCUUGUAUAUGUAUCACUGCGCGAAUUUCUUACCGAAAAUAUAUAAUAUGACCAGCGACUGAAAUUCAAA